CACGAAUAUGCCAUAACUUUGUUGGUGUACAUAAAAACUAAUAUAACUUGAAAUGGCAUAGCAGACCCUGAUAUCCAAAAGAAAUUAAAGAACGCGGUGAUCACACGAAUAUGCCAUAACUUUGUUGGUGUACAUAAAAGCUAAUAUAACUUGAAAUGGCAUAGGAGAUCCUGAAAUCCAACAAAUAAAACGAGAACAAUGGCGUCUUUUUCCGGUAAUUUCAAAAUGCCCCGUAAAGACUCUGAGAGAAUGCAGCACCAUUACGAGUACUUUCUCGACAAUGUGUUCAAUCCCGACGACCUGAUCACCAACUUAUUCUCUAAAGGUGUUCUUGAUCUCGACAGAAAAACCCGUAUACUUAAUACAGAGACCGGUAGACCUAGGGUAGCAAAGCUAUUGGACAUCUUAAUGACGGAAUGUGGUGAUUAUUAUCAGAUAUUCCUAGAGGCAUUAAGAGAAAAGGGUUUUGGACCUAUAGCAGAUACAUUAGGUAAACAAAAAAAUACAUGUAUCAGAGGGGGGCGCAUUAGCAAGACCAAAACUAGAUUUGGUAAAACUAGAAAAACGUGCGUGAUCAAACGACUCCAGCGUGAAAUCAAUGAGUUGAGAAAAUAUUGUGAACAAAAUAUAACUCUUCUCCAGCAGAAUCCUCUACUACAACCUGAACGAGGAAAAACUAAAUACCAAACAGAUGGCGUCGAAGCAACCACGGGUGAAACAAAAAACCAGAUUGAAGAUUCCAGCAAGCACUUUCUACUCCACCAUUCAGCGUAUGUUGAUGAUAUAUAUAAAUUUAUGUCAGUAUUAAACCAGUAUAAAGAUAGUAUAGAUAUAGUAGAUAACGAUGGUAAAACGCCCUUAGAAAGAGCUUGUUUUUCUGAAUUUGACGCUGUACAUAAAGUAAAGCUACUUGUUUUUAGAGGUUAUACUUCCUGCAUAACGCUUGUUAAUAUCUUCCUGUUAGCCCCAAUUGAUUUACCUAAACUUAUAUUUGAUAAAACUAUAUAUAAUACAAUGAACGAAUUUGAUCAAACCAGAAUACCAGAUACUAGAAAACGUUUAUUACAAGGUGGAGGGUUAGAUGUUCUAGAUACAAACAAAAAAACAUUAUUGCAUUAUGCCUGUCAAUAUAGCACUUUAAUGGCUGUUCAGUAUUUGAUUGAUAAUAACUGUAAUGUAAACUGUGUAGAUAAAGAUAAUGGAACGCCACUGUUCAACUGUUGUUAUAGCAAUGCGCCACAAGCGGUUGAAAAGAUGAAAGUCUUGGUGAGUAAUGGAGCUAAGUUAGAUGUUACAGAUAUAGAUAACGAAUCACUGUUACAUGCAGCUUGCUGUCAAAGUACAGUAGAUGUUGUUCAGUAUUUGAUAGAUAAUAACUGUAAUGUGAACUGUGUAGGUGGUAUGUAUAAUAGGACGCCAUUAUUCUAUUGUUGUGAAAUAGAUGCACCACAAGCGGUUGAAAAGAUGAAAGUCUUGGUGAGUAAUGGAGCUAAUUUAGAUAUUACAGAUAUAGAUAACACAUCACUGUUGCAUAUAGCUUGCUCGCUAAGUACAGUAGAUGUUGUUCAGUAUUUGAUAGAUAAUAACUGUAAUGUGAACUGUGUAGGUGGUAAGUAUAAUAAAACACCAGUAUUCUAUUGUUGUGAAAGAGAUGCACCACAAGCGGUUGAAAAGAUGCAAGUCUUGGUGAGUAAUGGAGCUAAUUUAGAUAUUACAGAUAUAGAUAACUCAUCACUGUUGCAUAUAGCUUGCUCGCUAAGUACAGUAGAUGUUGUUCAGUAUUUGAUUGAUUGUAACUGUAAUGUGAACUGUGUAGAUGGUAAGUGUAAUAGAACACCAGUAUUCUAUUGUUGUGCAAGAGAUUCACCACAAGCGGUUGAAAUGAUGAAUGUCUUGGUGAGUAAUGGAGCUAAUUUAGAUAUUACAGAUAUAGAUAACUCAUCACUGUUGCAUAUAGCUUGCUCGCUAAGUACAGUAGAUGUUGUUCAGUAUUUGAUUGAUUGUAACUGUAAUGUGAACUGUGUAGAUGGUAAGUAUAAUAGAACACCAGUAUUCUAUUGUUGUGCAAGAGAUUCACCACAAGCGGUUGAAAUGAUGAAUGUCUUGGUGAGUAAUGGAGCUAAUUUAGAUAUUACAGAUAUAGAUAACACAUCACUGUUGCAUAUAGCUUGCUGGCUAAGUACAGUAGAUGUUGUUCAGUAUUUGAUAGAUAAUAACUGUAAUGUGAACUGUGUAGGUGGUAUGUAUAAUAGGACGCCAUUAUUCGAUUGCUGUUAUAAAGAUGUACCACAAGCGGUUGAAAAGAUGAAAGUCUUGGUGAGUAAUGGAGCUAAGUUAGAUGUUACAGAUAUAGAUAACACAUCCCUGUUACAUGCAGCUUGCUGUCUAAGUACAGUAGAUGUUGUUCAGUAUUUGAUAGAUAAUAACUGUAAUGUGAACUGUGUAAGUGGUAUGUAUAAUAGGACGCCAUUAUUCUAUUGCUGUUAUAAAGAUGCACCACAAGCGGUUGAAAAGAUGAAUGUCUUGGUGAGUAAUGGAGCUAAGUUAGACUUUAUUGAUGACCAGAACACCACACCACUGCACCGUGCAUGUGCAUUUAGUACGGUAAAAGUGGUAGAGCAUUUAAUAGACAGUAAUUGUAAUGUGAAUUAUAUGGCUGGUAGGUACAAUAACAUAUCAGUAUUCUACAGCUGCUGCAGUUCAGAAACACGGCGGAUUGUUAAGAUUAAACUCUUGCUGUCUCGUGGAGCAAAAUUAAAUGAAUAUGACAAGUCAUCCUGUAUUAAACGUGCACAGUCCCUUGGUUAUUAUGACACUGUAGAAUUUGUGAAGACAAUACCUGUUUAAAGAUGGUACCAGUUCAGCUGGUGAUCAUAAUGUCAUUGCAGCCAUGUUCGUAUAUAUUUGCUUCCAUUGAUAGAAUCAAUAAAGUCUUAUUUUACAACUUAUAGUAAAUAACAUCCAUGGGCGUUUAAGAUGUGUUCAUCAUUUUACCAAGGUAUUUAUUUCCUUUGAAUUAGACUAAUAUUUUUUCUAAUAUGAUUUUAGACAUUAUUUAUUUAAACGCAAAAUCAAGGUGAUGUUUUUAAAAUUCACAUGAGAAAGAUUCACAACUUGUAGUAAAUGACAUCACUGUAGGUUUGAGAUGGGCUCUGAGAGAGAGAGAGAGAAAUGGGGUUUAACGUCCACUCGACACAAACUAGGUCAUUUCGGGACUAACAUAUGGUUCAAUUUUAUUUCCAUAAUUCGCUUGCACGUAGGGGUCUUUAGCAGUGGGAGGAAACCAUAGGACCCGGAGAAAACCCACGAGGUUGGACAGGCGACCCUACUCCUUGUCACGUACAACCGGGGAUUCGAAACCACGCUAGUCGACUCAAUGACAGACUUUAUGAUACAGCGCGCGCACUCUAACCAUUCAGCCAUCCAACCCCCCGAGAUGGGCUCUACCAAGUCAUUUACCAUUUAGGCUAAUAUUUGCUAUGAUAGUAAACAUAAUCAAAGUGCCAAUUUUAAGAAUUACAUCAGAACUAUAUCCCGUGUCAGGUCGGUGGUAUUGUUAAUUUUUAUAUUAAUUAAAUGAAAUGGUGUUAAUAUUACGUCAGCACCAACUUUAAUAUUAAUUAAGCGCCAACCCAAUCUGAUUAAAACACAGAUCCUAUUUCGUUUCGUUUUUAUAGUUCAAAAUUUCGUUUUACAUGUCUUUACUACACUAGGAUAUCUAGACGUUUUCUGAAUGAUGAGAGGGAUUAGUCAAUGAAACGGUCUGUUACCGGGAGUUAUUGACCUUUUAAUGUACGGAACUGUGAGUAAACCACUAGAAACGUCAACACUGAUCGAUUAAUCAAUGUCUGAAGCCAUGGGGUCAAAAACCGCUCGUUUGACCCCUGAAUUGAACUCCCACUAUAACUGGUCAGAUCUUCUUGUAGUGUAGGCCAUCGAAAGUAUAUAAAAAAAACGAAAUAUAGAUCUAUAUUUUAACCAGACUGACGCCAACCCGGGCUGAAGGGGGCCAAAAAAUUGAAAAUACGUAUCUACACUUUCUGGAAGAAUGGUCUGACAAGUGUACGUUGGGUAAUAAUGUCUGUCAUCUAGUCAAAUGGCGUGGUUUCAAUCCAACACUUGUAUGUGACAAGAAGUAAGGUGGGUUUUCUCGGGAUCUUUUGUUUCCUCCCACAGUUAACAACAACUAAACGCGAGUGAAUUAUGCUAUCUAGAGCACCUGUCAAACCGAAUGUAUUAAAACACGCUAGGUUACAAUUUGUUAGGUUUUCUCGGGUUCUUGUGUUUCCUCGUGAAAUGAAAUGAAAUGAAAUGAAAUUGGGUUUAACGUCCUACUGUUCUGCUCCUAAACAGGGCUAAUGAAGACGGGCAUACGCCAUACAAUGUGCUAUGAGGUAAUUUUGCCUGGUCAGCGGCGCUACGACCUACUCUUAUAUCGAAUUCCAACUGCCGAGGGAUCUUUUACGUGCACGCCAAUAUGUACACGGUACCUCGGUUUUUCGUCCCAUCCGAACGACUAGACAGCUUUCCUUGUCAGGCCCUCCGUCCUGCAUCACUGACAAGGGGAAACCACGCUUGAAGAAUAGCGAAGUCUCGAUUUUCAGUGCUACCCUUGUUACGAUAAUAAAGAAAUAAUCACCCAAUUUUAAAAUAAAUUAUUAAAUGGCGAUCUUGUUUCAAUCCGUUGAAAAUCACAACCGCCCGGGUUAAUUAUGGACUUGUCCUGUGAAUAAAUAUCUAAUAAAUAAUUAAUUAUUUAUAAAACAUUUGAGACCAAAAUUGAAUCAUAAAAUAAAUUGUAUAUCUUGUAUAAAGAAAGUAUGUUUGUUGAUUCUCUAUAUAAAGGAAACUAAACGGUUUAAAUAACGUACUAUUUGUGGUGCUAUAUAUUUUGUAUUUGGUGCAUUAAUGAUUACUGCGUUGUAAUGGGAACAUCUUGGUAAAUAUCGUACUCUUCUAGACUAACUAACCCUUAUCUUCUAGUAAAACUCUAUCUUGAAAAAUCAAAACUAUACCAAAACAGUCAUAACUAAGUUAGUUAUCAUAUAAAAACAUAUUGAUUAUAACAUAUUUCGCUAUGUAUACACUAUACUUGUCAGAUAAUCAUCAUGUUAUUUACUAUGUUAUAAUUAAUAUUAAAUCUAGAACAUCUGAUACCACUUAUCACCUGAACAGUUCACAUAGCUAACCUAAGGUGUAUGUUUGUAUUUACGUCAACGGGGAGUUCGCAUAGUUGUAUUUUAAUUGACAAUUGGAGAGGGUGGAUUAUAAAUAUGAGUCUAUAGAAACAAUAUGAUAAUAGACGGCUGUAUAACCUUUAGAAACAAUAUGCUUUACUACAUAGGGCUAUAACCUCUAUAAACAAUAUUAUCUAAAUAGACUGGGCCCUGUUUUUCGAAAUCUUAACUAAAGAUAAAAUCCAAAUUUUAGUAGAUACUUCAAUUUUGAUUGGCUAAGCACUAAAAUCAAUCUAAUAUUAUCCAAUCAAAUUACUAAAAUUUAAAUUUUAUCUUAGUUAAAAUUUCGUGAAACAGGCCCCUGGUUUAUAAACUAUAGACAUUACGUACAAUGCACAAUAACACAGGUCUAAAUGCGAAUUAUGUUAUAUUAUACCCGUGUCUUAUCUUAAUAAUAUCAUUCUUUAUAAAUUGUUACCUUGUGUUACCAUUAUAAUUCGCUAUAAAUGUUACCUUUUCAUUCUUUAUAAUUGUUACCUUAUCUUACCAUUAUAAUUCGUUUUAAAUGUUACCUUACCUUAAUACUAUCAUUCUUUAAAACUGGUAUCAGGUCUUAAUAUUACAUAUAAUUCUUUAUAAUUGUUACCUUAUCGUAACAUUAUAAUUCGUUAUAAAUGUUACCUUAUCAUAAUAUUAUUUGGAAUUGUUAUAGUGCCUUAAAACUACCAUUUUUUUUUUAUAAAUUGUUACCAUUUCUAAUUGUUACCUUAUCUUACUAUUAGUAUUCUUUAUAAUUGUUACCAUAUCUUAAUAUUAUGAUUCUGUAUAAUUGUUACCUUAUCUAAAUGCAUGUAUUAUCAUUUUUUAUAAUUGUUACCUUAUCUUAAUAUUAUCAUUCUUUAUAAUUGUUACAUUAUCUUAAUAUUAUCAUUCUUUAUAAAUUGUUACCUUAUCUUAAUAUUAUAAUUAUUUACAAUUCUUACGUUAUCUUCACAUUAUGAUUCUUUAUAAUUGUUACAUUAUCUUAAUAUUAUCAUUAUUAGGGUUUCACACUGCGUAGCUUGUGUGAAACACUAUUGUUUUUGUUAAAAUUAUUCUUAUUAUUAUUUUUAUUAUUAUUAUUAUUUUUUUUUUCCAAUUUGCUUAUAUCUCAGCAACUUCUUGUCGGAUCGAUACAAUGUCUUCUGUUUUACUGGGAAAGUGGGUGUGACUUAGAGAUUAAAGCUAUUCCCGGCAUUCUCCGGCAUUCUGCGAAAUGUCCGAAAUCACCGAAAAUGUCGUUUUUUGAAAUAUUGCCGUAAUAUUAACAAUAAUCAUUGCAUUUUAGCAUAUGAUGCAUUUUGACAUAGCCAGAAACAGGGGACAUAGCUAUGUUACUUUUGAUUUUUGAUUUUCGACAAAUCUUGGAAGAUAUUAGGCGCCAAAUUUUGAAAAUUUAAAUUUUUACAAAAAACUUUUUUAUUUAUUAAUAUUUUUAUAUGACAUUUUAACCAAGGUUAAAGAGUCAUCUGAUUUGAACAAAAAUGUCAACAUUUUUUGUUUCCGUAAUUUUCCUUGGCCGCCAUUGGCUAAUUCAGUUUUUCAGUCCUACAUUAAUUAUUUAUUGUUCGAUUUGUAUAAAACCUAGUUCAUAUGUUCCGUGGUUCAAAAUGUCAUUUUUUUUGUUACCGGUAAAGUUUCCUGUCGGAACCGGAAGACGCGUAAAUUUAGCAAAAAUUACAAUAUUGACAGUCCGGUACCACUUUUUGAAAGCAAAUAUUAUUUUUUACAAAUCUGAUAUUAUCCAAAAGAUGCGCACUGUUAAGAGUCAAUCAUUACUAGAUUUUCAUAAAAGUUACACCAUUUGGUGCGUAAUGUCAAUUUUAACUAGGUCAAACCAAUUCAACAUUACCAAUAUCACCGGAAAUUACGUAAUUUGGGCAAAAACCGUAUUUAUAGCCUUCGAAACAAAUAAUUUAUUCAAAUGAGUUGUAUUUGUUAUUCGUUUAAAAUUUUGAUAUUUGAUUCCAAUCAACUAAUAGAAUGAACCCAUACGAUCAUAUAGAUAUCACAAAUUCCUUUCUAACUUGGUCAGUUGCGGAGAAAUAGACGAUUUUGAACAGGUCACUUUUCAAGGUUUUUGGACCAUACAACUGUCAAUUAUUAUUCGAUUUUCAUAAAAUUUUCACUGUUUGAUACCUUUUACCAAUUAUGAUUUCAUACAAGUAAUUUCAGAUUUUCAUUAUCACCGGAAGUAACGUCAAUUUGGCAAAAACUGUAUUUGUAGCCUUCAAAAUGCAUAUAUUUUAAACGUUUAUAAUUGUUAUCUUUUCAGAACUCUAGGAUGAUAUCGAGCUGUUAAAUGUAUAUAUGUAAUAUUAGUCAAAUUUUCAUUUCAUUAUAUAUUGUUGCUUUGUGUAUGUCCUAUUGUUUCGAUUUUCGUAUAGGACCCAUUUUAUUGUAGCUAGGUACCGGUUCAAUUAAUUAAAGAAUAUUUAUUCUUUAUUUUCCCAAACGGACCGGGUCGCUGAAACAUUCAUUGAGUCAUCAUAAUGACAUAAUGGACCACUGAAUGUUUAAGCGCACCUCUGAAAUAUGGAAGGUCACGAUCAAAUCUUUAAUGCAACACACUCAGUAAUUUGACUGUUCUUCCAUGUACCAAAAUAUGUAGUAUAUAUGUAUAUUCCAUUUUAAUAUUCAUUCAUUGUUGUAUUUAUGUACUAAAUACAUAUUUACCGCAGAAAGUAUUACAACUUUCUCUGUUGGGUUUUUAACUGUUACGAUUAUUUUUCCAGUUUAAUUUAUUGGCAGUUUAAUUAAUUUACAUUAUACGCAAAUUAGAUUUCAAAAUUUAUAUAAAUGUAUGCCUUUCUGUUCGUUAUUUAAAUUUUGCUUUAUAUGUUCAUUACAUAUUUCUUUGUAUUUUUGUUUUCAUUGUAAAAUAUUUGCCGAAUUUGCAAAUACGCAUUUUGAAUAUUUAUUAAUGCUGUUCUUAUUCUCACUAUACUUGGAUAAUUGGAUUUCCAUUUGUACUGUUAUAAUGAUUAAACAAUUGCUAAAUCAUGGUUAUUACUAUGUACAUAUCCUACUUUUCACUUAUAAUUCAAUAAAUCUAUUUAACAU